UACACAGGAUUCCUUAACUUCAAUUAAGAACCCUGUCAAAGCAACCUCAUAGCCAGCAACAUGGUUGAGUGGACAGACUGAGCGCGCCCCAAUCCAAAGCAUCUUCUCAAAGAUGGACUACGAUGACGUGGGCCCCGCGGCUCUUUCCAGUGUCUGGUCGUGUAUCCCUGGACCCAGAGGUAUUUUGGUAACUUCGGAAACCUGUACAACGCCGCUGCCAUCCAGGGAAACCCAAAGGUCGCCGCUCACGGAAAGACGGUCCUGCAAGGACUGGUCCGGGCUGUCAAGAACAUGGAUGACAUCAAGGCCACCUACGCAGAGCUGAGCGUGCUGCACUCCGAGAAACUGCACGUGGAUCCCGACAACUUCCGGCUGCUGGCUGACUGCCUUACUAUUGUUGUUGCUGCGAGAAUGGGUGUUGCCUUCACCGCUGAUGUCCAGGGCGCUUUCCAGAAGUUCUUGGCGGUCGUGGUGAGCUCCCUGGGCAAUCUAGAAGAAAAAGAAACGCACACCUAUUUAGGCGAGGUGCUGGCUAGCGGAGUAGAAAACAAGAAAAUAAAAGAAUAUUGA